ACGAUUUGUAGAAGGCCAAGAAGUCAAGAACCCAAUCCCAAGGCAGCUCCCGCCCACAAACUCAAUUUCAAAUUCUCUAUCGGUCUUGUCCAGAAAUCAACUCUCUUUGCAACGUUAAUUGUAAAUGGGUUCCAGAGAAGAUGGAAAUGGAGUUGAUUUAUGGUCACAAAUCAUUGCUGAAGAGCCAGGGUACAAUGAUCAACAACAACAGCAGAAGAUUGAAGUGAUUUAUCGAAGAAGAAAACCCCAGAAAACGCCUGCAGAAGUCAAUUUGAAGCAGUUGGAAUCUGACGAAGAAAAUCGGGUGAGUUUGGUUGCUGUCACCAAGCGGGUCAGUUGGAAUCGUUCCCUUUCCAUCAGAGGAAGAGUAAGCAUCGCUGUUGCUGCAUGUGUGGACAAUCGGCCUCAAAAAAAGCAGGCCAAAAGAAAGGGCAAGCCUCCUGUUCCAAAAGGAAAGGCUGUAAAGCCUCCAAAUUUUGAGAAAGAAAAAGAAUACUUUCAAGAGGUUGAUGCUUUUGAAUUGCUGGAGGAGAGCCCCUCACCCAAAAAUUCUGGCAAAUGGACAGCUGAUAAUCAAACUGAUACAAUUCCUAUACCACAUUUGUCAUCGAGAUUAGAGAAAUGGUUAAUUUCAAAGAAAUUAAAUUACAGCUGUGGACCUUCUAGUACACUUUCAAAGUUAUUAGAAACUCCAGUCAUGUCUUUGGAACCUAUUUGUGGUGAUGAUUUCGGUGGUAUAGAUUUGGUAACCCCAGAAAAAUCUUCUUCAAAAGUCUGUUCAAGUCUACAUUCUGUCCAAAGCAGAAUUAAUGCCUAUUUGAUCAAUAAAUAUGUGUCUGGAAGGAACUCCAAUUCAGAAAAGAGCAGCAUGCUUGCAAUUCUGCGUGAUGACGAUUGUAAAGACAUUGAAGCUUCAAUUAAGAAACUAUCCUUAGCAUCAACAUCUACAACACUGGAUCACGACUAUGUGAAUCCAUUUUCUUCUCUUCUGGCUGUCUGUGGACAGAUGGCUCCAUUAACUCUUCUGGAUGUGUUCUCCAAAUAUUGUGACCCAAAAAGUGUUACCAAAGUGGGAGAAGGUACAUAUGGAGAAGCCUUUAAAGCUGGUAAUACUGUUUGUAAAAUAGUUCCAAUAGAUGGAGAACUGAAAGUGAAUGGGGAGGUGCAAAAGAGGUCAGAAGAACUUCUUGAGGAGGUCGUACUUUCUAGAACUCUUAAUCAUCUAAGAAGAAAUGAUGUUGAUGUCCAGAAUGCAUGCACAACAUUCAUUGAGACCUUAGAUCUAAAGGUAUGCCAAGGUCCUUAUGCCAGUGCAUUGAUUAGAGCAUGGGAAGAUUGGGAUGACAAACAUAGCUCAGAAAAUGAUCAUCCUAGGGAGUUUCCAGAGAAACAGAGCUACGUUGUGUUUGUAUUAGCACACGGCGGCAAGGACCUCGAGAGUUUUGUUUUAUUAAACUUUGAUGAGGCGCGGAGUUUAUUGAUUCAGGUUACAGCUGCCUUAGCUGUUGCGGAAGCUGCAUUUGAAUUUGAGCACCGUGAUCUGCAUUGGGGAAACAUUUUGUUAAGUCGAAAUGAAUCUGCUAUGGUGCAGUUCACGCUGGAGGGGAAGCAAAUGCUUUUGAAAUCAUAUGGAUUAUUGAUAUCAAUAAUUGAUUUCACUCUGUCAAGAAUCAACACUGGUGAAGAUAUACUCUUUCUGGACCUUUCGUCAGAUCCUUAUCUCUUUAAGGGUCCAAGGGGUGAUAAGCAAGCUGAAACCUAUAGAAGAAUGAAGGAGGUAACAGAAGACUUUUGGGAAGGAAGUUUUCCUAGAACAAAUGUGCUGUGGCUGCUGUACUUGGUGGACAUAUUACUUCUGAAGAAAUCAUUUGAACGUACUUCCAAAAAUGAAAGGGAGUUGCGGUCACUGAAGAAGAGGUUGGAGAAGUAUAAUUCAGCAAAGGAAGCUAUUUUGGAUCCUUUCUUCAGUGAUCUGAUUAUUGAGCAGGUUAAAUGAAAAGAAGAGGUCAUCGUUAUUAUUAUUAUUAUUAUUUUAAUUUUUUUUGUAGGGCUCAGUGUAGAUAAUUGUAGAAAAACUGAUGGGAAAAUUUGUAUAUUUUCACAGUUUUUUGUGAGGAAUACAAGCCAUGAUUGCUAAUA